GGCCCAUUACAGUUCUAUGUGACUGCCAGUUACGCUGGUUUGUAAAAAUUCGGGAAAACGAUACGCAUAACACUACUCAACACAGCAUGCCGAUUGCAUUGGGACUCGAAGGAUCAGCCAAUAAACUUGGCAUUGGCAUCAUUCAACACGAUGAUACUGGAAAAUCCCCAGCAAAAGUUCUUUCCAAUAUAAGAGAUACAUAUAUUACCCCUCCUGGUCAAGGAUUCUUACCGCGCGACACAGCACAGCACCAUCGUGAUUGCAUUCUACAAGUUCUUCGGAAGGCAAUGAAAGAAGCGAACGUCACACCAAAAGAUAUCGACGUUAUAUGCUUCACAAAAGGUCCUGGAAUGGGCGCACCACUGACCUCCGUUGCCGUUGUUGCGCGGACGUUAGCCUUGAUGUGGAAUAAGCCUAUGGUGGGAGUAAAUCAUUGUAUUGGCCAUAUUGAAAUGGGCAGAGAGAUCACUGGUGCUGGUAAUCCAAUUGUUCUCUAUGUAUCUGGAGGUAACACUCAAGUCAUAGCCUACUCACAGAAUCGCUACCGUAUCUUUGGUGAGACCUUGGACAUUGCCAUCGGAAAUUGCCUGGAUCGAUUUGCUCGUAUCUUGGGAUUAUCCAACGACCCAAGUCCAGGUCAUAACAUUGAACAAUACGCCAAGAGAGGGAAAAAUUAUGUCCCCCUACCUUAUACCGUCAAGGGCAUGGACGUAUCAUUUUCCGGCAUCUUAUCACACAUUGAAUCGUUGGCUGAGGAACAACUCAAGGCUGGAACAGUUACGCCAGAAGAUUUGUGUUAUUCCCUUCAAGAGACAUUAUUUGCGAUGCUAGUGGAAAUUACUGAGCGAGCAAUGGCGCAUGUUGGUUCGCAAGAAGUUCUUCUUGUUGGCGGUGUAGCAUGUAACGAAAAAUUACAGGAAAUGAUGGGUCAGAUGGCAGAACAGCGAGGAGGCAAAGUCUUUGCCACCGAUGAAAGAUUUUGUAUCGAUAACGGUAUAAUGAUUGCUCAGGCAGGGUUGUUAGCUUACUCUACAGGAUAUGAAACGCCAUUAGAGAAAACGACAUGUACUCAAAGAUUUAGGACGGACGAGGUCUAUGUUGCAUGGCGGGAAUGAGAUGUAAUAAAAUAAUUAAUUCAUGGAUGUGUUGUCUGUUUACAUUCAAAGCACAGCAAAUCAAACGUUAUUGUAGCCCUGUCACCGGCCUUUCGAAUGGCCACCCAAGAUGAGACAAUUAUUUUAUGCAAUAAUCCAAUCGGCAGUAGAUGGCGUACCACGUGUAUCAUGCAAUUACAAAAACUUUACAGCGAUAGCAUCAUAUAACAAGAUUAUAGUAAAACUGGUCAUCAAUAAAUGAAUAGCAACCUUUCGCGAAAGUUAAA